AUGCCGUCCCCGGCCAAAAUCCAUACAGUUGAAUCCAGUUAUUCCGACCUCUACCAAGAGGCAGUGAUUACCGCCUACAGUGACCCUGCUGAAGUAUGGGAAAAAGUGCUGGGCGAGACAUUGUCCUUCAAUGGCGGUCUAUUCGAUGAGGCAGAACUCGCUGCCGGACCCAAGCCCGGGCCUGUUGGAGAUUCUGAAUUUCGGGGCAUUAAUCGACAGCUGGAGCUUGCCGGACUGCUCUCGCCAGACAGCAGGCCGGAGAUCCGUCGAAUCUUGGAUCUUGGUUGCGGCUGGGGCGUCCUUACUCAAUACCUGGCAAAGGUCUUCCCCGAAUGCCAGCGUAUUGACGCAGCAAAUAUCAGUCAACAACAGUUGGACUAUUGUGCUGAAAAGCUGCCACUGGAACUUCGUGACAGAGUCAAUUUAUAUUCUUGCAAUGUGCAGGAUGUUGAUCGGCUUCCCGACCCAGACGUCCCAUACGACUUUAUCUUUAUACGAGGCGUAUGGUUUCACUGCCUGCCUUCUGUUUUCGAGGCCUCGGUAACUCGCGUUGCACAGAGGCUUCGCUCCGGCGGAAUACUGCUCCUUUCAGAUCCGCUUUACAAGGAUACCGAAGAGUCUCGCGUACCGGACUCGGAAGAUGGAUUGGGUACCAGAAAUCACAAGACUCCAGAGUACUAUACCUCUGUUCUCAAGAAGAAUGGUUUACAGAUACAGGACUUCCGUGUGCUGCCUUCUAAUGCUGAAUUCUAUCAUUGGUUUCAAGUAUUGCGUCUCAAUAUUGAAGCAAAUUUUCCGGAUUUCCCAAAGGAGGCUCCGGACGAAGUGGUGGAUUUACACGGGUUCGCUGAUACCUUUGGCCAGAAGUUGAUCGAUGGGAACGUUUCAAUGUACAGCAUCGUUGCGCAAAGGCCAGCAGAGUGA